AUGGGUCAUGACCUGUUUCCAACAAUUUAUUGGGUUCCAAAGAACAAUAAGGAUAAGCCAAUGCCUUAUACCGGUGGGCGUGAAUUGAACGAUUUUGUAAAAUUUAUCGCGGAACACUCGACAGAUGGCCUGAAAGGAUAUGGAAAAGAUGGCAAGAAGAGGAAAAAGGAAGAACUUUAA